GACAAGGUGAACAAGCGAAGAGAGUGCAUCACGGUGGAGUUUGAGAAGAUGGGCCUCUUCCUGGUGGAGGAAAAGCGGAGGCUCCUCCAGGCCCUGAAGAAAGAGGAGGAGGAGAUGGUGGCCAGGCUUCAGAAGAGCAAGGCCUUGCUGGGUCAGCAGAACCGCUCCCUGGAGAUGCUGCUGCUGCAGCUGGAGGACAGCAGUGAGCAGGAGCCCCUCCAGAUGCUGCAGGAUAUGAAGGACCUCCUGGGCAGGAAGAAAAGCCUGACUGUGCUGUAUCCAGAGGCCACGCCCCCCAUCGAGGUCAGGACUGUGUGCAGGGUCCCCGGGCAGAUAGAGGUGCUCAAAGCUUUCCAAGAGGAUGUGGUGCCCGACCCCACCUCUGCAUACCCGUACCUCCUCCUGUACGAGAGCCGCCAGAGGUGCUACCUCAGCACCCCACCCGAGGUUGGCAUGCUGCGCAGCAAGGACAGGUUUGUGGCCUACCCCUGUGCUGUGGGCCAGAAGACCUUCUCCUCAGGGAGACACUACUGGGAGGUGGGCAUGAACCUCAUCGGGGACACACUCUGGGCCCUGGGUGUGUGCAGAGACAAUGUGAGCAGGAAGGACAGGGUCCCCAAGUCCCCUGAAAACGGGUUCUGGGUGGUGCAGCUGUCCAAGGAUAAGAAAUGCUUGUCCACAAUGUCCGCCCCCAUCCCCGUCACGCUGACUGAGCCUCCCAGCCACAUGGGCAUCUUCCUGGACUUCGAGGCCGGAGAAGUCUCCUUCUACAGUGUGAACGACGGGUCCCACCUGCACACCUACUCUCAGACUGCCUUCCCGGGCCCACUGCAGCCUUUCUUCUGCCUGGGGGCUCCAAAGUCGGGCCAGAUGGUCAUCUCCACAGUGACCGUGUGGGUGAAGGGAUAG